UCUAUUGUUACGUUGUACAGUAGUGCAUCUCGGCCUCUACAACUACAGUACAAGCUCUUGCUCAUCGUUGUUGUCAUUUCUACUGAAUUUUGAGGAAGGAAUAGCACUGGCAGCUGUAGUUUGGUCUUGUUCCAGCUCGCCUUUCACUCUAAACAGUUCAUGCACGUCCUGGACAUUUAUUUGGUAAAAGCAAUAAUACGACGACUUGGUUGUAGGUUUGGUUGUAGACCAGACCCAGCCUAGGUGGUGAUACGUGUGGAAUUUCAAAAGGGAGAAGGUCUAGCGGCUGAGGAUGUCUGCUGCGGGUGCUGAAACGAAACGGUGUCCCAACUGCCGUCAAGAUGUGUCCGUGGAUGUGUACGCUACUAUGCACGAGCCUCGAUGCCGUCGUCUCAACAGGUUCUGCGAGCGGUGCAAUGAACCUAUAAAGGUUGCAGACUUUGACCGACACGUGGCUGAAGACCAUAAACAGAUAUCAUGUCCAGAUUGUGAUGAUCGCAUGGAAGGAUGGCAAUUGGAUGAUCAUCAGGAGGAAGAGUGUAGAAAGCGUCUGGUUACAUGCAAAUACUGUGAGCUAGACUGGCAAUGCGACGAGUUACCGGAACACAGCAGCCAUUGCGGCUCUCGUACCGACGAGUGCAGCCUAUGUCACACUCGUGUGCGCCUCUCAGACAUGGAGUGGCACAUGACAGAGAAGCAUGGCGUACCCACCUCACACUCGUCUGCCAGCGCAGCAUCAUCAUCGCUGCCGAGCACUGGGAAACAAUCGGCCAACGGCAGCUCGAAACCGUCUUCCACUCACUGUUCUGCUUCACAGGCAGCAGCACAGCCACCGGCAACCGCAGCGGCGUCGUUGAAGCUCUCUGGAAGCCAGCCACCGCAUGCCAAGACCACCACCCCGCCUGAUGCCGAGUGGGGCGUUACCGAAGUGCCAGCCUCCGCAUCAGCCAGCCUGGCUGCUUCAAGCACCAACACCACCACCGCCACGCAGCAAGCAAAGAGACGCGUACCUAGGUCAACUCAACAGACCAAGUCACCACCAGCUGCUGCUGCUGCUGCUGGCAAUGCUCGUGGUCUUGGCGCGUAUGGCAGCUUGUCGGGCAGCGUGACAUCCAGCAGUGUGGCAGCCGGUGCAGCCAACACUUUGUCAAGUUCACAGCUGACUGGCAGCACUAGCAACAGCAGCAGAGCCAGCGCGGCGAACAGCAGAGCCAGUGUUACCAGCAGCACCGCCACCAGCAACCCACCACUAUCUAACACUAGCAGCAGCAGCAAGAAAACCACCACCAGCAGCAGCAAGAAAACCACCGGCAGUUCGUCCUCGCGAUCCACUGCAUCACUGUCGAGCUCCUCGUCGUCAGUAAAGCAAGCAUCAUCUGCACGCUCUAAUGGCGCGCGUGGCUCGACCGUAACUCCCAGCACCUCUAGUGCGUCAAUGGCAUCUAACUCCAGGUCUGGUUUGUCUCGUAACACCCCCAAGCACAACGGGGGCUCUGCUCCUUUUGCUGCUGCUGCUGGACCACCGCCGCAAGCUGACACUCAAAAUGCUGUUGGCGCAUCCUCUACAUCGUACUUUGAGGGUUGUUCGUCCGACCCGAACGAUGUUCCGGUGGCGUGCGAGUUCUGCGAGGUGGAAGUCAGGCUUGGCGACCUGGACGAUCACGAGCUGGCAUGCGCACGCCGAGAGCAGCGGUGCACCGGCUGCGGCAUGUCGUUCCGCGGCAACAAGCUACCACAGCAUCGGCGUACCGGCUGCAGCCGAGAGUUGCAAGCACCAGCGGCUUCAUUGAAUGCAGCAGCAGCCGCAGGAGGAGGAGGUUAUGGUACCACUAGCUUCCCAGGCUUAGGUGGUCUCGGUGAAGACAACACUGCUUCGGAUGAUGCAGCGCCAUGUGAAGGUUGCGGAGAACAAUUUCCUCUGGAUGUUCUUUUCGAUCACCAGGAGGGAUGCCUGAUAAUGUUGUCACAGUCUAGUCCUGGCACUGGCCAGAAGAAGCAAGGUCACCAUGUGUAUGCCGGUUUGCCUGGAGUCACCACUCACACCACACGCACCAGCAGCAGCGCAGUCGCAACACCAUCGACUAGCGGAUCAUCGGCACAGGGCGCAGCCUCGUCGUCGUCCUCGGCCUCCUUCGCCGCUGCACAUGUCAAGAAGAUAAACUUACGGGAUUGUGAGGAGCAGCGACGUCGGCGCCAACAGCUAACGGUUCAGCGCAUGCACGACACCCAGCCACGUGAGCUGUCGUCCUACGCACACACCGGUACCAAUAGCAUAUUCAGCGACAUAAGAGGCCCAGAGCGACGUCACGACUUUGCAGGCUCGAGUAGCAGUGACGAGGACGAAGAUGACGACAACGAGUUAGGCACGGGAAGAUCAGCGGCUACAGGUAACAGACUGGGAGCAGGCAAGCAAGGACGCUCAGGCGGGUUUGGAAAGGGUAGCAGUCGCCCACCGGGAACGAAAGCUGCGCCAGCCAUGGGUAGUCUUACAUCCUGGGGUAAUGCCCGACCGCCAGUCGCGGGCAGUCCUGCGUCAUCCCAACUCGGUAAACCUCCCGCUACUACGGCACCGCCGUCCGUCUACCGCUUCAGUGGCGAGCCACGGCCAGCCGGUUCAUCUCCUUCACGCCCAGCGUUAUCAUCACCACCAGUCGCAGGAUAUGGCACAUCGGCGUACUCUUUUUCUUCAUUACCAAGACAAGAUGCGAGCAUCAGUAGCAGCAGCCAUCGUACCAAUGGUGGCGGUGGCAUGGCCACUGGCGCUGGAAUGAGGCAGAAUAUGCUGGACCCUCAGCUCUACCGAUGUUGCCACUGCAGGCAGGCAUGUGCAUCCGAGUCUGACCGGUCUUCUCAUGAGGAGAAUUGUGCCGUUCGAGCUCUGAAUCAGAAAAGUUCGUCGUCCACUGCUCUCACUGGUGGGGCAGUAGAGACUCUACCGUGCGAGUUUUGCAACAAGCAGUUCCGCUUUACAGAUCUUACCGCUCACCAGGAACAAUGCUAUGACAACCUGAACAAAGGCACGCAAGCAUUGAGCAGUACAGAUGGUGCUGAUAAGAUGCAGGCAGCGUUUGCAAUCACCGACUAUCGCAUCAGUAGCCUCCAGCGGCACCUGGAUUCAAAGUCUGAGCAGCUGCAACGAGAGCGACAAGAACAACCGCACGACGAGCAGCAAGAAAUGGCCGCCACCGUGGCUGCAUCACUAUCCGCAUCGUCACCUCAAGAAACUCCAUCCUCAUCAUCUCAGCAAUCCUUGGCAAGAUCCAAUCAUUUAGAGAGCAUCGCGGGUGCUCGGGUACCUUGUGAGCACUGCAAACGUCCUUUCUUGAUGUCUACAAUCCAUCCCCAUGAGGCUGGCUGCCUGGCGAAACGGGUGCGCGAUGCGGAUGAAGAAGAGUCAUCGGUCAUGCCCACCCAGUCGACACCGUCUAGUUCAAACAGGCCACCGUUUGCCCGGGGUCCACCCCCUGGUCUUGACGAUGCCGCAGACCGGUUUGCCUUGUCAAUGAGUACUCCUCUACAAUCGGAGCUGUACCGCGCCGGUCAGACACGAUCACCGCAACAGUCUAACUUAACGCCGCUGAGUCCAUCUUCAAGCGGAUCGGGGGCGUCGUCAACAUCCUCUCGCUUUGCUAGUCCGUUCCUAACACCCGUGGGCGGCUCUAAUUUACCCAACACGUCCAACCAUCGUGUGACACCACCACCGGCGGAGUCCUUCUCACGUGCUAGCAGUUCGUCCAGCUCAGCCGGCACACCAUCUUCAGAUAUGUUGCAAUCGCCCAGCCACGUUAGAUCACCGCUACGGUCGUACAACUCGCAGUACUCUAGCGACGGGGCCAGCGAUAGCUUUGUGGGACUGGCUAGCACACGUCGCUACCACGAUCGUCCUUCCCACCAAUCGUCGCACGACCGGUAUCUGCAGCGACAGACGUCCGGCCAGCCAACCCGACCAAUGGCCGGCCUGCCGGCUCAAUCUCUCCCAGCUAGUAGCAAUCAGCGGUUUGGACCGUCAUCGACACCAUUGUUGGUUGAGCAGCCCUCGCUACACCGCCCUCGCGAGCGAAUCCCCGCUCAGCCGGCCACCAUAUCGCUCGCUGCCAAUUUCAGCAAUCCCAGGCCACCACCGGCAGGUGCGGCGUAUGACUACGCUGCUGCUGCUGCUGCUGGUGGUGGUGGUGCUGCUAGGGGCGCUGCAGUACAACCAGCCGUCUUCCGCCAGUCAUCAUCAACAUCAUCCUCAUCGUCAUCUUCAUACCCGGACAAUCAGCAUGCGGCCUCUUCGCCCCACGAACACGGCAGUGAAUUGACAUCACCAGAUGCCAAUAGGCAAACUGGCCAAGCACUUGUAUUCACUGGCCGUGGUCCUGGACACCAGGCUCUAGAGGAUCAGCAGAGAAAACGUCUCACCGCUGCUCCAGCCAUAACGUCCACAAGAGCACCGGGGACAGCGACGCGCAGUGAACUGGCCGUGAACACGCGCAGGAUUCAAGUGCACCAAGGUGGGCCCACGCUGCCCAGGCGAAAUGGCUGAUUGCCUCAGGUUGCCUGACCUGCCACCACCCCACCGGAGAGUGAGAUUGAUAUGAGUAAUGAGUAAUGUUUAAUUUUCUGCUUUGGAGCUAACGGACAAUUGAAAACUGCGUGUAACAUACGGUGGUACAUGUACAGUACUAUUGGUAGUAAUGUCGCUGGUGUUCAUUACCUGUGUACUGGACAUGUAGGAUAUUGGUAGUAAUCGCAUAGAUGUUCAUCACCCGCACAUAACGUGUAGGCCAAGUUUAAAAGACUGUGCUACCUGCUAAUUGAUUCUGUUCCCACGUUGGGAAGGUGGCUUUGCCUGCUGCUCCUGACUCGGCCUCUCUCCCACUCUCUGUCUUUAACCCCACCCACCCUGCAUUGACUUUCUCCCUAUAUGUUUUAUAGAUCAUUCCACUUAUCUUUCUCUGCAAGCAUGGCUGGACGCCAGCCCCACAGGUUUGUUUGUGUUCAGAAAAAUAACUUUUGACAGCAUUUUUCAGUGCCAUGUUUUCCUCUGCAACCCAACCCCACCAGCAAGUUGAGUAAAUUUGCGCUCUUAUUUUCCUCUUUUUUUUUGUUUGAACACCAGCUUGGUACAUCAGGCAUGUACCUCUAUUAGGAUCUAGCAGUAUAGUUUUUCGUUUAGUCAUUCGUUUAGCGCUGUUUCGGCUUUUGUAUUUUAGUACUUCUACUUUCUAGUCCUAAAUGGAUGACGGUGUAGUGGAUAUUUUAGUGAAUAGUAUUGUGUGAACAAAUUCAUCGCGUUUCCCCUGCGGAUUUGCACCAUUCCCGCUGUCUCCGGAUUUCUCUUUCUCGAUUGGCAUGAACUGCUUGUAGUCCCUUCAUUUCUUCUAUCUUCCAAGCUCGCCUUUGUCGAUUUUUCAAAGUUUUUUUUAAAUACUUUUUUUCUUAUCAGUAUGAGAUGUGACUUUUUUUUACAUGUGUAUCGUGUUAA